AUGUUUGCUUUGGUUGUCCUGGCUUCGGUGGUAUGUUCUGGACUUGCAGGACCCGCUGUACCCGCCAAAAUCCUCUACGAAGUCGACUGGAAAAAUAAUGAUGAUUCGGCGAUAAAAGCGCUCCAUCGCUCCCACGGCGUCUUGUCCUCAUGCCCCGAAAAUUGGCUUUACGCUCGCGAAUUAGAAUCUUGCUAUCUGAAGAUCGACAACGUGAAUUUUGAGCAGGCCCAAGAGGAGUGCCAUCAAUAUGGGGCUGCACUGGCCUCCAUUCACUCUGAGGCGGAAAAUCAACUGAUUUACGACUUGGCGAAGGAGAAUGGAACUCGCUAUAGCGAUCACCAGGCUGUGCUGACCGGGGCUGUGAAGGUCAAUGGAAAGUGGACGUGGCUCGACGGCACUCCAUUUAAUUUUGUCGCUUGGGCCCAAGGAGAGCCGAACAAUUGGCAGUGGCCGGAGUCGCAGGAUGACGCUAAGAUGCCCGAACGUUUCGAGAACUGUGCAGCGAUUUACUUCUCGGAGGGGUACAUGUCGGAAAAUGGUCCCGUCGUGGGCAGGUGGAACGACAACAUUUGUGACGAGCCGUUCACCGCAGCAAUCUGCAAAAUGGCCGCACCUCAGACCUUUGACAAAUCUCAA